AAAUAUUAGUGUGCGAUGUUGUCAAUGUACGGAGUGUCUUGUAUCCGAGCGGGGUGUUGUUGUUGUUGUGGUGCCGCGCCGCCCUCAGGCACACUCUCUACACCCUGCUGCAUCACCCAUCCCUCCAGCCUCGUCGCCCCUCAACCAACAACACUCUCUACACCCCUCAAGCGCCAAGUACCAGCCCUGUAGUACAAACCCUAAAGUACCAGCCCUCCAGUACGAACCCUAAGGUACCAGCCCUCAAGUACGAACCCUAAGGUACCAGCCCUCGAGUACGAACCCUAAGGUACCAGCCCUCAAUUACGAACCCUAAGGUACCAGCCCUCAAGUACGAACCCUAAGGUACCAGCCCUCAAGUACGAACCCUAAGGUACCAGCCCUCAAGCACACUGUACCUGUAGUAAAGAUGAAGCUUGCACGUGGAUUCUGCGACUUAAAUAUUUGUGCAACCGAUACAGAUCUCAAACAGACUGUACUUAAAGCAUUAAGUAUGGGCUACCAAACUGUUGCUAUCAACAGAGAAGUAACAGAUGAAUCUACUUCAGACAAGAAGAAACGAAAAAAAGGUGAAUUCCCAGUGGUUCCAUCGCCACCCAAAUUUGAAUUGUCAAAAGAGGAUCUUCGUCAGCACAAUAUUACCAGAGAGCCAGUCAUACUAACUCGUAUCACAGUCACAUACUCAGAUCCUGGAUCUGCAUUUCUCUCAAAGUUUCGAGAAGUCAUUAAGCAAUAUGAUAUAAUUGCCUUCACUCCCACUACUGAAGGAGCUCUCAAACAAACUGUUUGUCAAACACUUGUGGAUGUAGAUAUUAUUUCACUAAACCCAGAAGACAGAAACACCCGCUUUGCUAGGAAAUUAUUACGUUUAGCAGUGGAGCGGGAUAUUUAUUUUGAGCUGAGCUAUGGCCCUUGCAUCACAAACUCUUGCAGUCGGCAACAAACUAUCACCCUAUCUCAUCUGCUACAUCAGUGCUCAAGAUCAGCAAACAUCAUUGUUACAAGUCGAGCUAGGAUUCCAAGCCACCUUCGGUACCCAUAUGAUGUCAUGAACCUAGGAAGAUUCUUCGGAUUGACAGAACCUGCUGCAAAAGAAGCCAUAGUAUCCCAGUCACACAAUGUUGUGUAUUGUGCUGCAGCCCGUCGGAAAGGGGCAGCAAAAUGCGUUGCUCAGGUUACAGUUCUGGAUGCACCUAACUUCAAAUAUGAUGGAUUAGACAAUGCAAGAAAAUACUUAAAGUUAGAUACUGAGAUAAAUGAUUAAUUUUCCAGCUACUACUGAAUGUUGAAAACAGUAUUCAUUAUACAUGUGGCAGCAUAAUUUUGUUAAUUAUUUUAUAACUGGAAAGGUUUUGGCCUGUAGCAAAGUCGGAUAACAAGUAAUUGGUCGGUCCUGUGAUCCCUGUGCAGGGAAGAGACAUACCCAUGUUGACCUAGCAAGCAGUAAAUAGAUACUUGGGAGUUAGUUGAUUGGUAGAUCACAUCCAGGGAAUGGUCAUUUGUUGGCUACGAGGGAACCUUUUUAAACCUAGAAGGCUUCAUGCCUCCAUCACUGGCAAACCAACAAGACCAUAGUAUUAUUUAUCACUAAAUAAAUAACUUAUUUAUAUAAAUGUUCUCGUACUAUAUCUGGGCUUCUUUUUGAUAAUUCUUUAUGCUCUUAUUGUUACUUCAUUCUUAUUCUUGAUUAAUAAAACAAUAUUCCUUUGA